AUGGUGGUGCAUGGGUCGAAUGUGCGAGAUGCACAGACGACUUGUGAAUGGAAGAGAAGGGUCAAGAUUCUUGGAGGUGUUUUCACGAUGCAUGUGCGUUGGAGCUUCUGUGGCGCAGCAGCAACGUUUAUGCAGGUCAUUCACUCACUAUUCGCAUGUGAUGUCAAGGCCACGUGGGAAAUGUACUCACCGGUCUUGACCCUGCAUACUCCAUACAUUCACUUAACCGCUGUAUUGAAUGAUCUUCGAGGAGUGUUGGGAGUUCACCUUGAGGAGCAAAGCAACGGAAAGCUGAAUUAUGAGGUUCUGGAGACGUGUCGUAAGAAGGCUCAGCAGUCUGGAACCUGCUGGUCUGCGAAAUCUACUUGUUUGCAGUAUUCAUUAAUCCUCGAGCAGCGUGAGAGGUUCUUUCAUCUAUUUGGAUCUGGUACAAUCAAAUGUUUGCACGUGGUAAGCAUACUCACCAAUCUGAAGCCUGCUCAUCUGAACUGCUUACUUACCUACACGAUUCAUAUGAUGACGAAGCUCGUGAUAUGGCCUUUCACAGUGCUAGACCCACCGCAUGAAAGUUUCUCGGAAUAUAGCCUUACAUCAAAAGAUUAUAUACCUCAUCACCCUACUUUUGAAACCAACAACCGCCGUUGGACCACGGAAGAGCACAUCUGCUUGCUGAAAUGCAAGCGCGCAAACGCGACUAAACCACACAACAAGAAAGUCGAGGAGCACAACGCGACCUUCGCAAGAGCACCCAGCGAUACCUAUACACGUACUCGAGAAGGCUGCCAUCAGCAGAUGGAGAAGCUCGUAGGACUAACGCCGGCAGGGCUAGAGAGGAGGAUCGAUGCGAAGAUCGACGAACUGGAGAGGAAGAUCGCCGAUAACACAAGAUUCGCUUCUCGAUGGGAUGGAGUCCUCGAGGGUAGCUGCCGCCAGCAAAAGGACAAGAUGGUGGGACUGACGCGGGCAGGGCUAUGCGGGAGGAUUGAUGCCAAAAUCGACGAGCUCGACAACGGAGCCUAUAUAGAUCUCGCGUCCAUCCUUGCAAGGGAGCUGCAGGUUGGGAAGCGUCCCGUUCCUCACCUCUUGACGGGCAAAUGUCAUAGAUCAUGUCGACUCAGGGGGCAACUUGUGCUGUACGCUAGAUACGACCAAGAUAAAUGGGAGAAGCUCCGGCCACGACAUACUACGAAGCUCCUCAGACCUAAUCUGAUAAUUCUGUUCUCUAAAAUCCAGAUAGCAGAGGCUAUUGUGUACCCAUGGAACGGUGUGUGA